AUGGAGGUGGACAGUGACAGCGACGAGACGGUGGUUACAAACGAAGAAGGCUGUCAGGCACGCUCGGAUAGAUCGACGCGCGAUGCGACACCACCCCGCCAGCGACGGCGACGACUGCUCCUGUCGACCGACAGCGCCUUCGCCGACACUGUACUCCCUUCCCUUGUCCAGAACCCAUAUCUCGAACUGCGUCUGAUCACCGACGAACCUUCGGCUCUGCUGGCGGGCACGAACAAAAUCCCGCACUACAUGGACACGGUGGACAGUACAACGUUCGAUAAGAAGACGGGGGCACGGAAAUGGCUCAAGGCGAAAACGGCCGAGCUCUGCGAGUGGGCCGAUAUGCUGCUGGUUGCACCCAUUGACGCGGGCGCUUUGGGGUCGAUGUUGGCGGGGUUGACCAACACUUUGACCUUGGCGCUGCUGCGCGGCUGGGUCUCUCUGAAGCCCGUCAUUCUGAUUCCGGGGAUGACUGUGUCCGAGUGGGAUCACCCACUAACCACUCGUCAACUUGACGAAAUCAACCGGUUUUGGCCGUGCAUCCGCAUCGUGCAACCCGUGCUCUGGAGGUCUAAUGGGCCCGAAGAUUUGACACCGCUGCCAUGGGACGGACUGGACGAUUUACACAAAUCGCUCGAAACGGGUUUGGAUUUACCUCACUGGGAUGCAUCCAUGACCAAAGGCUCCUGGGUGACCGGCGAUGCAAAUGCCGCCAAGACCUCAAAACGAACCCUCUCAUCCGCAAGAGCGUCAAGCAGUGCCACCGCCGAGGCGCUCCGACAUCUUCAAACGCACUGGCCCAAUGCAGAGACUAAAGCUUGCUCUCUGCCUCUCGAGAUAUGGCUGAACGUUUUCGAGGACCAGCUGGGGGACUGGGAAAUUGCUAAGGCUGUGGGCAUUCCGGCCAACAUCGCCGUCCCACAGGAGUGGCAGAGCCAUCUGCUUAAAAUGUCCACACCGGCCUCUUUGGAAUAUACGAUAUUGCGUGGCUCCUUUGCCGCCAUUAAGAAGCGCAUCGACGCCCUGCCUCGAUGGAAGCCACUGUCAGAUCUUGCAUGCCAUCUUAUUGUGAAGUUCUCUCGCACCGAUAUCCUCUCCUAUCUCACUGAAAAUCACCUCGAUCUUCUCUGGACAACGUCCCGUCUUACAAACAUUCCCUACCGUGCAUCUGCGAUCUACGGAAACCCUACGGUCUUGACCUGGUGGCGUGACGCCCCGGCUCUACCGAAUAAAGAAUACAUGGCCGAUGCCAUGGACGGCGCCUCCCGUGCCGGUUUCCUCCACGUGUUGGAUUGGUGGCUACACUCCGGCCUUCCUCUCAGAUACAGCGAACGCGCACUCGAAUCCGCCAGUGCCGAGGGCCGAGUUGCCGUCCUUGACUGGUGGAAAGCAGCAUCCGCCAAAGCCCCCUUCCUCAAACCUCUUCCACUCAAGGUGGGCAAGUCUGUUCUGCUGGCAGCGCAGUCUGGCCGCGCCUCGUCUCUAGCAUGGUGGGACGCAUCAGGUAUCCCGUACAGCCACGCUGAGAGUGUUGCGCGGAUCGCCAGCACACAUGGUCACGUCCAUGUCCUCGACUUCUGGUAUCGGCUAAAAGGGCCGAAGAUGAUCUUCGACAACCAGGUCCUAGUUGGCCCAACCAAAAACGGUCACGACCACGUCUUACAGUGGUGGAAAGACUGCGGUCUCCGAGUCGAGUUCAAAACCUGCGACAUCGAAGAAGCACUUGAAGACGCCGUCUCAGGAGCUGACGGCCGCGUCCGCCGCUGGUGGGAACGCAACGGCCUAAACCUGGGUGUCGGCACACGGGAGUGGAUGAAGACCAAGGUUCUCUGA